CAUCGCUAUGGAGACGUCACCUUCUGCAGACAUGCUGUGGACACCCAGCAACACGUCCACUACAGAAGUAUUGACCACUCCGGCUCCACCAGCAGCCUGCACUUCUUCCUGGAAUACCAGGACAAUGCGGUCCUGGUGGAGCAUUACAACUACACAGGCAAGCUGCAGAGAGACCGCUAUCGCCAGGGACUCAAACCAGAGGGCAUCGCCUUCCUGGUGGUGUGUCUCCUCAUCGUCCUGGAGAACGCCGUGGUUCUCCUCUCCAUCUGGAGGAACAAGAAGUUCCACCUCCCAAUGUACUACCUCCUGGGGAACCUGACGCUGUCUGACCUCCUGGCCGGUAUCACCUACAUGGCCAACAUCCUCAUGUCUGGACACAACACGCUGAAGCUGACGCCGUUGCUAUGGUUCAGAGAGGGAGGCGUUUUCCUAACGCUGGCGGCCUCUGUGGUCAGCCUGCUAGCCAUCGCCAUCGAACGCCACGUGACCAUGGUGACCAUGCGGCCCUACCACGGGGCCAAGAAGGGACGGAUGUGGGCCCUGAUCGCCGCCAGUUGGGCCCUAGCGGUGUUCCUCGGGGUGCUGCCCGUCCUGGGAUGGAACUGCAUGCAGAAGCUGGACCAGUGCUCCACCGUCCUUCCCCUGUACGCCAGGAGUUACAUCCUCUUCUGCGUGUCAGUGUUCAUGGCCGUACUCCUAGCCAUCGUAGUGCUCUACGUGCGGGUUUUCCGCAUCGUGAGGGUUAACACCAAGCGGCAGGGCCACGGCCUUUCGAGUAGCCUGCGGAAAGGCCUGGCCAGGAAGUCCCAGAAGUAUAUAGCCCUUCUGAAGACGGUCACCAUUGUCCUGGGCGUGUUCAUUGCCUGCUGGCUCCCGCUCUUCCUACUCCUUCUCCUGGACUUCUUCUGCCCAACCCGCGGCUGUAAACUGCUGUUCAAGGCUGAUUACUUCCUGGGUGUAGCGAUGGUCAACUCCCUGCUCAACCCUAUCAUCUAUACGCUCACGAGCAAGGACAUGAGGAGGGCCAUUCUUAGACUGCUGUGCCGGCCCUGCCUGAUGACCAGGGACGGCCGGGUGAAGAAGAUGGGAAUGCCCUUCCUGGAGUGCAGCUUCAGUAAGACCGAGGUAGCAACACAGAAGCUAGAGGGGGCAGCGGAGACCACAGUCUCCUCCGGCAACAACGUCACAACCCCCUCCCCCGUCAAAGCACUCUACCCCAGAAUGUUGAAGUCCUGAGGAGUCUAUCUGACACUUUGCAGAAUACUCUUGAGUGUGUGUGUGUGUGUGUGUGUGUGUGUGUGUGUGUGUGUGUGUGUGUGUGUGUGCGCGUGCAAUGGUGCACAUGUGUGCACACAUGUGUGUGUAGGCCUCAAGAAUGUCUCCAAAUUGGAGCGUAGACUCCAAUAACAUAGAAGGUGGGUGCAGUGGAAAGAGAGAACAGCUAGAACGUUUUUUUAGCUGAGUUUUUACCGAAAUGCCUCCCCCAAAGAUGUCACGGAGCAAUGCAUUUACAGUGCCAAAACCACACAGAGAUAUGUACGGUAGUCCGAAUGGAGGACAGGCUGUACGAGUGAAAUUGCACUGAUGAAAUUUUGGACUGAACUAUUAUUGUGGCACCACUACAGUUGGUGUCAACACUCCAAAUUCAGUGAAUUUGUUCAAGUGAAUGUGUAUGCAUGACCCAAUUUUGGUUAUGCAUGCAAAAGCAAUGUGCUGAAGAAAAAACAUGGACACUUUGAUGGCAUGAUCAACACAUGGAUUAUUGGUCUUUGCUGGAUCAAAGGACCAAGAUGUCAUACUGUCUGUUAGAAUAAACUGUAUUAUACCACUACAUUGUGUAUCUCAACAUAGAUAGAAAUGUAAAAAUAAUUACAACCAAAGAGAAUAAGAGAUCUUCUGAACUGCAAUGUGUGAGAUUUCAUGAGAUUGUGUAGAGAAAUGAAUGUAUCGUUCUGCAUUUCGCAAAUGGUUAACUGGGAAACAGGGACAGUAUUUCAUACCCCAUACUAGCCCUCACUAACAGACAAGACGCAACACCGAUGUUGCGAGUCAAUACUCUUCACUCCAAUCAUCACCCAGCAAGGUCAUGCCUGCCCAUGACAAAGUCCAUUUGGACUGGAGCAGAGAACACUAAACUAAACAAUUUAAGCACUCUUUUAACACUCUACCACUUUUGCAAUAAGAUUGGGUCUACAUGUAGCAUUUGUUAGGAACUGUAUUUGACAUCAUUUAUCUACAAUUUGAAUAUAUGUAUAAAUAUCCUACAUUUAAAAAUAAUGUGUACAGUUUAAUUAUUGAAUGGUUUGAUGUUUUAAUUGGAGAUCCUGUAUUUAACAUUGUAUUUUUGUAUCUUCAGAGAAUGUGUGUAGCAUAUAUCAAUUUGUAUCAUAUUUUUGUUCAACAAUGCAAUAAACAGUCCACAAUAAACUACA